GCUUCUUCCGAGGGAGCCGCGCUUCCGCGGCCUCCGAUCCCGGGGCAGUAGCACCCGCUCUCGAUAUGCGCCUCCGCCUGCUUCUCCUGCUCGCCUUGUGCGGAGCGGGCCCCACUGCCUUGGGACGCAGCCUCAGCUUGCGGGGAAGCUGGAGGAUCCGCAGCGGGAACGGCUCGCUGGAGCUGCCGGGGAGGGUCCCCGGUUGCGUGCACAGCGCCCUGUUGCAGCGGGGCCUCAUCCAGAUUUUUCUAAGGAUAUACAAAUACAAUAAUAUGAAAUCAAUUCCUGAAAUGGUUUUCAAAUGGCAAAAAGUGAAUUUGAUUUUUGAGGGCGUCGAUACAGUUGCAAAAGUCCUGCUAAAUAGUGUUCCUAUUGGGAAAACAGGCAACAUGUUCAAAAGAUACAGCUUUGAUAUUACCAGUGUGGUUGGAGAGGUGAAUUCCCUUGAGCUGUGUUUCCAGUCACCAGUGUUGUAUGCGGCCCAGCGGAGCAAAGCUCACGGCUACUCCGUGCCUCCGGACUGCCCUCCUCUUGUGCAGAAGGGCCAGUGCCAUGUCAACUUCAUUCGAAAGGAGCAGAGUUCCUUUAGUUGGGACUGGGGGCCGUCCUUUCCUACCCAGGGCAUCUGGAAAGAUGUCAGAAUUGAAGCCUAUAACAUUUGUCAUCUGAACUACUUCAUGUUUUCCCCUAUAUAUGAUAACCAUACGCAGGGGUGGAAUCUUGAAAUAGAGUCUUCUUUUGAUGUUGUCAGCUCAAAGCCAAUUUCUGGUCAAGUGAUCGUAGCCAUCCCUAAACUGCAGACACAGCAGACAUACAGCAUUGAACUUCAACCUGGGGAAAGGAUUGUUGAGCUAUUUGUGAAAAUUAAUAAGAAUGUUACCGUAGAAACUUGGUGGCCUCAUGGACAUGGAAACCAGACUGGAUACAACAUGACAAUUCUUUUUAAACUGGAUGGAGGCUUAAGUAUUGAAAAAUCAGCUAAGGUUUAUUUUAGGACAGUGGAACUUAUAGAAGAGCCCAUUGAAGGAUCUCGAGGUCUGAGUUUCUACUUCAAAAUUAAUGGAUUGCCCAUAUUUCUGAAAGGCUCGAACUGGAUCCCAGCAGAUUCAUUCCAGGAUCGAGUAACCUCUGACUUGUUACGGCUCCUUUUGCAGUCUGCUGUGGAUGCUAACAUGAAUACUCUCCGGGUUUGGGGAGGAGGAAUUUAUGAGCAGGAUGAAUUCUAUAGACUCUGUGAUGAACUAGGAAUAAUGGUAUGGCAGGAUUUUAUGUUUGCCUGUGCCCUUUAUCCAACCGAUCGGGACUUCAUGAAUUCAGUGAGAGCAGAAGUUGCUCACCAGAUCAGGAGACUGAAAUAUCAUCCCUCCAUCAUCGUAUGGGGUGGAAAUAAUGAAAAUGAAGCAGCGCUGAUGAUGAAUUGGUAUAAUAUACCCGCCAGUGAACUGCAUACCUACAUCAAAGACUAUGUGAUACUGUAUGUGAAAAACAUUCGAAAGAUCGUCUUGGCAGAAGACAAGACUCGUCCUUUUAUCAUAUCCAGCCCUACAAAUGGGGCCGAAUCUAUUAAAGAAGGCUGGCUCUCUGUCAACCCAUAUGACAAUAAUUUUGGUGAUGUACAUUUUUAUGACUAUAUCAGUGAUUGCUGGAAUUGGAAAGUUUUCCCAAAAGCUCGAUUUGUAUCUGAAUAUGGAUAUCAGUCCUGGCCUUCCUUCAGUACAUUAGAAAAGGUUUCAUCUGAAGAGGACUGGUCUUACAACAGCAAAUUUUCACUUCAUCGACAACAUCAUGCAGAUGGUAAUAAUGAAAUGCUGCUUCAGAUUGGAUUUCAUUUCAAACUCCCGGAAAGCACAGAUACAUUACAGACAUUCAAAGAUACCAUUUACCUUACUCAGGUGAUGCAGGCCCAGUGUGUCAAAAUAGAGACUGAAUUCUACCGCCGCAGUCGCAGCGAGAUAGUGGAUGGGCAAGGCUACACCAUGGGAGCACUUUAUUGGCAGCUGAAUGACAUCUGGCAGGCUCCUUCCUGGGCUUCUCUAGAGUAUGGAGGAAAGUGGAAAAUGCUUCAUUACUUUGCUCGGCAUUUCUUCGCUCCGCUGUUGCCAGUGGGUUUUGAGGAUCAAGACGUGUUUUUCAUCUAUGGUGUGUCAGACCUUCGCUCUGACUGCAAGGCAAAGCUCACUGUGAGAGUCCACACGUGGCGUUCCCUGGAGCCAUUGUGCUCCUCUGAGACGGAGCAUUUUGUCCUGAAAGCAGGGGAGGCCGUUCUCCUCUAUAAGGAGUCGGUGCCUGUAUUGUUGGAGAAUUGUGGGAAUUGUACACGGCAAAGCUGUGUGGUUUCCUUUUACCUUUCAGCUGACAGCCAACUUGUGAGCCCAACCAACUAUCACUUCCUGUCUUCACUGAGUGAGAGCGUGGGGCUCCACAAGGCGCACAUCACCGCCGUCAUCUCUCAGCAAGGUGACACAUUUGCUUUUGAUCUGGAAACCUCCACUGUUGCUCCCUUUGUUUGGUUGGAUGUAGGAAGCAUCCCCGGGAGAUUCAGUGACAAUGGUUUCCUCAUGACUGAAAAGACGCGGACUGUAUUAUUUUACCCUUGGAAGCCCACCAGCAAGAGCGAAUUGGAGCAAUCUUUUCGUGUGACUUCCCUGACGGAUAUUUACUGAGGGAGUGAGUGCAGGGUGGAUUUUCAGCGGACCCUGGAAUAAAGCCUUUCUAAGGCCCCAGCUGGAGCCGAAGACAGCCAGAGACAAGAUCAAGAAGCGAGGAAAUGUGUCCACCUGCCGCCACAUGUCCGAUUCAUCCUUCUGUGCAGAGUUUGUAUGGUGUGUUCUGCCGGGGAAGGCUGCUUACUCAGGUGACAUCCUCCAGCAAGGCUGGGCAUCGGUGUCCUUCAGCCUGUGCCAGGCCUGUGACUUUAGCCCUCCCCCUCCAGCUCUCGCACCACAUGACCCGGUUAUGACCCGACCACCUGAGCUGAAUGCAGACAUCUAACUGACUGAGCCACCCAGGCGUCCCAAUAAAAAUGAUUUAAACCCAAGCUAAAAGAAGUACCACUUUGCUGCCAGGGUCAACAAAUAUAAAUCUAAUUCACAGCUUUUGAAUUGGAAAAUGCACCCCCCAGGAUGGUGCUUCCAUUCACGGAGCCCUCAUUAUGUGCCAGCACUGGGCCUAGCCCUUAGCUAAACUUUAAAUUUAUUCUUCAGGGCAAACUUACAAGGGCAGUGUAUGUAUUCCCAUUUCACUAUAAGAAAACUGAGCAUAGAAGUGAAGUAACUUAUUAAGAGCUAGGAAGGGCAGAACUGUGAUACAAAUUCUGGUCCAUCAAUUUCAAAGCCCACCUCACAGGGGUGAGCCCGGUAAUGGGUAUCAAGGAGAGGAAUGUGCUGUAUACACGUUAUCUCCAUAAGAGAAUGGUAACGUUGGAAAUGGUCUUCCACAGCUCAUGUGUGGCGCUGUGUUUGGUCAUCUCUACCAUUUUAAUAGAUUUUAUUUUGCCACACAUACUGGGUUAGAGUCUGAUGUACCUACUCUUGGCUUUGGAUUUCUGAGAAGACUUUUCUGCUAAUAGUUAUGCAAACAUUAACAGAGAGAAUGGAAAGAGCUGGGUGGGGCCCUUCUGCCAUGCUGGAUGCAAAGCACAUUCGAGUGUGAGAUGAAGAGAGAAUUCACGGGAUUGGAUUCCGUCUUCUCAUGUGAGAACCAAGAGUUCAAUAAAAAUGGUAAUUUCCUCAUUCACAUUCA